UGUCCAUUCAUUCCAAACCCAGCCGAUCGCUCUCCUCCAAUUAAGCAGCAAGGGCAGAAGCAACACCGGCGUGCCACCCGGACGACGCUGAAUCCUGCAUGUCAACCUGCCCGGCCAUCGUCAUUCGUCAACAUGAAGGACGACGAGGGCAUAGGCGCUAUGGGAGCGGCGGUGGCGUUUGCCGCCAUGGGCGUCUUCGGCAUCUAUUUCCUGUGGCCCGUGGUGGGCCCCGCUUCGGCGGGGAUGAUGAUGAAGGCGCCCGGCGCCGCAGGUUGGGUCAUCUGCCGCGCGGUGUUCGAGGCCAACCCGCAGUUGUAUUUUACCAUCCUCCGCACGGCCGGCGCGGCAGCUGCCGCUGCCACGUUCGCUGCCUGUUCGAUCGCUAGCUAGCGCUAGCUGUGACUGUGAGCAAGUGAUCGUCGUAAAUAAAAGAUAGCGAGCGACGAGACGAGCAGCAUCUGCCAGUAUUUCCGCCGUAUGCCGAUGUUGUCGGUGUUUUUCCAUUGAAUGGAGAUGUUACUCUAUGCGUCGUAAUUGCCUAUCGUGUUUCUCUACUCGUCAUUACUGUUCUACGCUUGAGCUUGUUCAUUGAUCGUCCUGCUCAUGCGAUUCAUGCUCACCUAUCAGAAUGGAAAGUGUGUAUGGCGGCGUAGUUUUGGAUGGGUCGCAUCACAACCGUCGUCAGCACUUGUAACUCCAGAUCUUGAAGUGGUUAGUUGUGCAGCUUCCUGGUCCCGUGCUCUGAUCA